CGACAGACCUGAAUAUUUUGCUUUUGAAAACAAUGUAAACCUCUUUUAGACCCACUCAGACAACUGCAUCCUACAUCCUUGAGUGUACCAGCAUUUAGAGUAAUCAGAAAAUCUCAAGUUCGGUGACAGCAUCCUGAAUUCGUGACUAUAAAACCAGCCUCUGUUGUCUAAACCUUUUAAAAAAGAACAGUUGGUGAGUAGAGUUUGCGUUUCUUACUGACCUAUUGCAUUAAAUUUAUUUAUAUGUUUAAAGAUAAUUAUCUUCACAUUCUUCAAUCUCUAAUAUUAAAUUGUUUACUUCUUAAUAUUGGUGUAUUAUAUUUUAGAAUAGUGGAGAUCCUAGCCCUUUUUAACUUUAUUUUUCAUAAAGCACCUUUGUACUGUUUUUCUACAAAAUGCAUUUUUGUUAUUUUAUUCUCUCGUUGUGUUAUAAUUUUCGAUAUGUUAAUAUAUUUUCAGUGCAACAACCUAGUAUUUGAAGAUGGUCUGGAAUCGCUCCGUACAUGCUCCGUGUGGGAUCGCUUUGUUGGUGCUAAGCAUCCUAUGUAUGUCAUUUGUUGAUGGUGCCAUCUUAGAGCAAGAACUAGAAGAGGGUGACAAUGACAAGCUAGAAGUAGGCAGAUAAAUAGAAUAUAACUUAUCUUGUUGAUCUAAAAGCUACAUUAUAUCAUCAUUUAAAUUGUUAGAACUGAAACUUCUUCUUGGUUCAGUGUGACAAUAAUCAAAAGUUAACGUUUAUUCAAUUAAGCCUAAUGAAAGUAUUUAACAAAUGCUACACUUGAAAUAUCAGCAGCUUGUUGCUCCAGCGUGGCUAUGAUUUGUGUCGAUACCAUGUGUGUGUCGUCCCCCCCCCCCCCAGGCGGAUCAUAUUAAGCCGAACCCACACACAAAAAAAAAAACACAACUCUUCAGUUGGCUGAAAAUGUCACCCCUCCAUAAUCCCCAUUCCCCCCCUUUACACUUAGGUUAAUUUUUAUUUCAGAAUUACACGAGCUGCGCAAACAAAUAUAAAAUUUAAAUAAAGAUACCUAAUCAAGUCACUGUAUAAUGUAUAGUGACUCGUUAAUUAAGUGCACCAUUUGAUUCGUUAAGUUAUGGCCAAUUAAUCUAUUUCUCAGCUAGUAAUUUAUCAUUAUUUAUGUCCUUAAUUUAAAAACAAUGAAACGUGGAUUGGUAGUUAAUAAAUAAAGAUCUAAAGGUUUGAAAUUAAAAUAAUUUUCAUUAACUAAACAAAAGUAGGCCUACACCUUAUUUCUUCCCCGUAACUUCCAGAUGAAACAUUGUGAUUUUGAUCCAAAACUUAUCAUCUCGGAGUGCUACACAGUCCAAGAAGAUGGUUCUCUUAGCAGAACCAUAGAUCCAGUUCUAGAAGAUGCUACAAUCCUACCAGAAUUUACACUUUGUAAAUCAAUGCUAGUAGGCACUGAAGCUGACUUUCUUAUUUGUCAGGGAGGGAAGUGGACAGAUUACGGUGAGCAACUUAUUUAUCUUAGUACCACUAUAUCUUUUUUUAUAUAGGCCCAUGCAUAAAUAAUGAAAAACUUAACAUUAAUACACACUUUUGUAACACACUCUGUAUAACAAACAAUAAUUAAACAUUAUUAGACCUAACUCUAUAUUUAGUCUAUAUACUCUGAUUAUUAGAAAAAAACUAGAUCUAAUAUAAUUUGGAAAUGGGCAGGAAAUAGUUUCUAGAAAAAUUAAUCAAAAGUUUUGUUUCAAUAAUUUAUUGAUUCAAAAUAUUUAAGUUUGUAAUUUUAUUGGUAAGCACUGCGUAACCUACAUGUUCAACAGUUACAUUUUUAGAUUUUAUUUUUCGAAGUGGCUAUUCGCACCCGGGUACCAGAAGUGAGAGGAUGGGAUUAAAAAGCUAUUUAAAAUAUAAUUGUUGGGUUUGUAAGACAGAAUGAGGUAUCAAAUGAAAGAUAAUAUUAAUGGAAUGGACUAUAUGUUUGUAAAUUUACUUCUUCGGUUUAAAGUUUAACUAAAAUAAACUACCACAAAUGACAUCCGAAUCCGAAUAGCAUUGGUCUCAUGAAACCCGGACGCGCAUCGCCGCGAUUCGCAUGUAUGGCAAAUUCAACAACUACAGGCUGAUUGGAAUUUAUAAUUUUUUGUAAUUAGUAUCUUGUGAGCCUUGUCUUAGUUUAUAAGCCAUUUGAAUUACCUAUAUCUAGGCUGAACUAAUUUGAUUAAAUUAAUUGAUAUGUGAUAAAGGAGUCUUGGCCAAUGAGAUGACAUGCCUCAGACAAAAUAAAAAGUUUAAUGGAAAUGAGCUAAACAAAGUAUGGGAAACCUGAAAAAAAAGAACGCAACAAAACAAAUCAAAUAACAAUUAUUUAAUAAAUUCUUAAAGUUAGUUAAAGGGCAUAAUAAAUCAUUUGCAUACCAGUACCAGGAAGUAUUUCUUAAAUUUUUAUCGUCAUCAUCAUUGGGUUUAUUUUUAAACCAGAUGCAUUAAAUCUCUACCAAGAGUGACAGUUUUAGAAGUCAAAUGAAAGUAAGACUUAAUUUAUUUCUUUUUCCAUUUUGUAUAUGAAUAUGAAACCAUACCUAUUAGCCUCAGGACACAGGGAAAAGAGAUGGGGCCAGCGAAGACAAAAUACAGUUACAGGUAAAGAAAACUAAAAUAAUGCUAUUUUUUAAAAUUUUUUAAAGAGCUAAUUUUUGUUAAUUUUAAAGAGAUAAUUAAUAAUAGUGUUGCCCUUGGUGUUGAAAAGCCAAACAAUCAAAAUUAAUAGACUUAGAACAAUUUAAAUUAUUAUUAAACAUGUUAAAUGGUUAAUAUUUUUACACUUAACUGUUGCAUUUCUUAGUUUAUUUCUGAUACUUUAAUGUAGGUCAAUUUAAAUGGGUCAUUCCUGUAAAGAAAUUAUUUGAUUUUGCAUUGAGUUCAAUAGAAAUUUUUACUCUUAUGUAAACAAGUCAUUGUCUGUUAGUAGUGUUGUUGUUUUAAGUAACGGUACCAUGCUUUACAUAUAAAUAAUUUUAAGUUGCAUAUAGAUUUAAUUUUUUAAAUUAAUUGUUAAGCCAUUAAAUUAAGGAACUAUUUGUUAUAUCAUGUUUUGUAAAUGAAAUAUUUUAUAGUGCAAUAUGUUGAUUUGUAAUAUUAAAAGUAAAUGUUAUAUUAUACAUCUCCCUGCUCUCUCCUUCCAAUUGAAAAUAAGGCAUACUUGAAUUAUUUCCAGAUAUUUGAUAAGUGUGUGUUACUGUUACAUUUGCAGCAGGCAGAUGUCCUUCAGAGUACACCACAAUCUCUAAUGGAAGAACUCGUUGUGUACCAGCCACCAAUCCAAGACUGUGUUGCUAUUACUGUGAUGAAGGUUAUGAGCGUGUUGGACAACAAACCAUCCGUUGCAGAAACAAUGUCUGGGGCGCACCAAAACCUGUCUGUCAAGGUGAAUGUUUAAAUUAAUACAUCAAAUAAAGUUACCCUGCAGAAAUAAUUCUCUCAUAAGUUCUUAUUUUAACCAGUUUAAUCGGGAAAACAAAAUGUCGUUAGAAGACUAACGGUUUAUUCUAACUCAGUGAGAAAGGAUAACAUUAUAAAUAUCCAAAUUAUUCAUGUAAACUCCUGCUUGCUACUAACAUAUAGAGUGCCUCCAUCUCUAAAUAAAGAGCUACAAACACAUACGUUUUUAUUUCUAUUUAUUUGUUGUUUCUUGUUUUGUCUUGUCUGCUGAGGAAGGAUUCAAGCCAACACGUCCUUUAAAUGUUCCUGUCUUUUUAUUUCAAGCCUGAGCAUAUCUGGCUCUACUAGUUUCUUCACACUGCCUGAACGCUCUACAUUAUAUUAUCCUUUAUUGUUGGCUACAACAGGUUUUGCAUAUAUUGGCUUUCAACCUCUCUUGUUAAGUUCAUAGUUUACCACGCAUAUUAAAUAAGUUACUGGUUAGCUUUAAAAUUUCUAAAGACUGUGAUGACGCUUUCACGAUGAGAAUCUGCUUUUACUUUUGUCAAACGUCUCUCUUAAACAUUUUAACUUUACUUCAACAGUGAGAUCUGCCCCUCCUGUGCCGGUCAGAUGUGCACCUGGUUCCUAUUCAACAAGUAAUGGAACUUGCACGCCCUGUGCCAGGGGAUACUAUCAAGACAGAGAAAAUAUGACAACUUGCAUACGAUGCCCCGAUAGUAAGUGCUUGUGGAGCUGGCGUUAAAAUCUUUUCAAUCAUUUGCCUUUCUCUUUAGGAAAUGCUUCAAACAACAAGUGCUAGUCCAUUGACGUGAGUCUGCAAGUUAUAUUUUACACAAAAACUGUGGGCUUUGGCAUGGGUCCCAGCAGCAUGGGUUCGGAGAUGGGAGGGGCAGAUUCUAAGUCUCCCAUCCAUGACUGUUCAAUUGGAAAAGAUUUUAAAGUUAUUUAAGAAGAAAAAAAAUUGUCUAAAUGUGCCGGUGAAUAAUGACACAUUUUAGGGAUGUGAUUAAAACUUUGAAUGCAAAAGCCCAUUCUCACUCACACUAUACAUAGUGUCGCUUGAAUCUGCCAGGGAGCAUCUACGUAACACAUCGAACAGGCUGGUCUAUUACUUGACUUUUGGCAGAUUUCCUGAGGUAAACUGACAAUCCCCAGAAACUCCAACCCGAAUAAAAGUCAAAAUCCCGGACCAAAAUCUCGAAAACUUAUGUGUAGCUAUAAUACACUUUUGUAUUCAUAUAAUUUAAAUGGUCUUUGAGAUAUUUUAAAUAGAGGGUGUUGGGAUACCCCAUUGAUGAAUGUGAAAACUCCUUUAACUACUUAAUAUCACAAUAUCCUCCUGCCAUAUACUAAGGUAUAGAGAAUAAAAUCCCCUUUACGACAAGAUAUAAUUUAUAUUUAAUAUCCUAGGGUUCCUAAGAAAUAAAUUAAUGAACUUAUACGAAAAUCACAAAUAUUGGUUUCCAAUACCUAAGUAUUCUAGGUGGUGUGGGAGAAGCCGUUAUACAAUGUUGUGAUAACCUAACCCCUAGUUCAAAAUCCACAACAGUGUUUGGUAGUGUACACUCUUUUUCAUAAGAGUGGCCCACUAUGCCACAUGUAGAUACAGUGCAUAACUUAUAAAGUAAUAAGGAAAUAGACAUGAUCUGUUAAUAGGUACUGGUAAGCAACCCAAGUUUUAAACAAGUCUUUUUUUUUUUUUAAGAUAAAACUACUGAUUCAACUGGAGCAGCUUCAGUCAAUGAAUGCUAUGACAAUGUUGAAGUUCCCCCAGUGUAAAAUGAGCCACUACUGAAGACAAGGAUUUUACAUUUGAUGGAUGGUCGUCAAGAGUAUUUAAUGCUUAAGUUAAUGUUCAGGCUUAACACAUUCUUUAUAAAUUGUUCUCCACUUAGUAGAAUUCUUCUUUCCUUGCUCUACCUUGUAUAACAAAAAUAUAUAUGUUAAUAAAAAAGGUAUUUUGCAAUUCAAACAUUGUGUUAUUAAGAAAAUACUAAGAAAAACCUGAAGUGUGUGGAGUGCAUACAUACUAGAAUAAAUACAGGGUGUGUGUGUUGAAUGCAAACCUACUAGAAUAAAUCCUGGAUGUGUGGAAUGCAUAAGAACUAGAAUACAGUCAGGGUGUGUGGAAUGCAUACCAACUAGAAUAAAUCCAGGGUGUGUGGAUGCAUACCAACUAGAAUAAAUCCAGGGUGUGUGGAAAGCAUACCAACUAGAACAAAUCCAGGGUGCGUGUGUGGGAUGCAUACCUGCUACUACAAGAGUAAGUACAGGGUGUGUGGAAUACAUACCAACUACAAUAAAUCCAAAAUGUGUGAGGAAUUCAUACCUACUAAACUUAAUCCAUUGUGUGUAUCAUUUUACACAUAACUAAGGUCAUCCCAGUCACCUCCCCUCCACCCCAAACUCUUCUUCCAAGCCAAAUAUUACAAAGAUCCACCACAUCCCUAUCCCCCCACCCAAACCUUGUCCCAUAUCAGCCCCUACCAACCUAUGCCCCCUCACACCACCCAUUGUUCAUCUGUUUUCUUUAUGCAUCUGGUGACAUUAUAGAAUCCUACACAUUGUUUGCUAGAGCACAUCAUGAGAUCUAAUCGAGCAUUUCUUUAGGGCAUCUAGACAAAGACAGUAAUGAUCAAACAGGGAUAAGACACUAAUGAUCAAACAGGGACAAGACAUUAAUGAUCGAACUGACACAAAUAAUCAAACAGAAGCAUAGACAUUAAUAAACACUGCAUUUUUAAUUCAAGUUAAAAUAUACAUAAGUUCAGUGCAAUUUAGAUUAAUUAAAAAAAAUAAUAAAUCCAUUACAUUAAUUGUAUGUACAAUAGUUCAUUACUGUAUAAAUUAGUACAAUAUAUUAUACAUAUAUGAUGCUUAUUUACAUACCAAACCAUAGGGCCAGGUCAGGGAACUCAUUUUUCAAUGCAAUCUGCAGCAGAUGAAAAAUGUUAAUAAUCCAGCUCAUUCUUAAAAGGUAAUAAUUUGUGUUUUUGGUUUAAAACUAAAUAAAUGGUAAGACUCAAAAAUAACUGCCAGGUCACAUGUUCAUUGAUUGAUUGGAUGUGAAAUUUUUUUUUUUAGAGGAUUUAUUCUGAAAAGCUGGAAAAACAUAUGACUCUACUCUUGAAAUAGUUUGCUGAACAUCUCACCUACGUCUCCAUUUCUAGUGAAAUAAUUUGAUGUGGAUGUCUCUAAAUUGUUUUAUUUAUGUGCUGAAAAUUUACAAUGCAAUCAAAAAACAUUUCCAUUUGUUUGGAUCAAUAAAAGAAUCUUAUCUUAUCUUUUAAAGAAAUAUUUAUACUUCACAUUUGUUCUUUUAUGAAUAAUUAUGACUAUAGAUAAUGUCGAUUCACACAGACAUGUUGACAGAGACUUAAAGAUUUGUGAAAAAAACUUUUUUUAAGUGGAGAGAUUGUUGGUGUUGAGACUUGAUACUGACAUACAUGUGGUACUCAGUGGUAGACUAAGUCAAAUGACAUUUGUGAGUUGGAUUAAGUCAACUGACAUUUUUUUGAUGGACUAA